GUGCCCAGCCCAGCUCCUCAACCCGGCCUGCGGAAAUGCCCUUGCAGCAGCAGGCGAAGCGCAGGCUGGAGCUUGGAGAGAGCGGUCAUCAAUACCUCGCUGAUGGUUUAAAAACUCCCAAAGGCAAAGGAAGAGCUGCGAUAAGAAGUCCAGAUAGUCCAAAAACGCCCAAAUCUCCUUCGGAAAAAACCCGGUACGACACCUCUCUCGGGCUGCUCACGAAGAAGUUUAUUCAGCUGGUGAGCCAGUCCCCGGACGGGGUCCUGGAUCUUAACAAAGCCGCGGAGGUCCUCAAAGUGCAGAAGAGGCGGAUUUACGAUAUCACCAACGUGCUGGAAGGCAUCCAUCUCAUUAAGAAGAAAUCCAAAAACAACGUCCAGUGGAUGGGCUGCAGCCUCUCGGACGACGGCGGCCUGCUGGCUCAGUGUCAGGGUCUGUCCAAGGAGGUGAUGGAGCUCAGCCUGGAGGAGAAGAAGCUGGACGAACUCAUCCAGACCUGCACGCUGGACCUCAAACUGCUAACCGACGACUCGGAGAACCAGAGACUAGCGUACGUCACGUAUCAAGAUAUCCGAAAAAUCAGUGGCCUUACAGACCAGACCGUUAUAGUGGUGAAAGCCCCUCCGGAAACAAGACUCGAAGUGCCUGACCCGUUAGAGAACCUCCAGAUACACUUAUCCAGUACCCAAGGACCCAUCGAAGUCUACUUGUGCCCGGAAGAGAACGAAAUCCACAGUCCGGUCAAGUCCUACAAUCAAGACCAUAAUGGGAAUAUUCCUAAAUCUAGUUCCAAAGACGCGGCCUCAACCCACUCAGGACACGGAGAUUGUUCGAUUUCGAUGGCCGGCCUCUCUCCCUUGGCCUCUCCGACCAAUCUCCUCCAACAGACCGAGGACCAAAUCCCUUCCAACCUAGAAGGGCCCUUUGUGAACUUGCUGCCUCCCCUGCUGCAGGAAGACUACCUCCUAAGCCUCGGAGAGGAGGAGGGCAUCAGCGACCUCUUCGACGCUUACGAUUUGGAAAAGCUUCCCUUAGUGGAGGACUUCAUGUGCAGUUGAUCGUGGUGCCGUUCGUCCCCCUCCCUCUCCGUCUCAACCGUUGUUAUUUUUUUAAUCAUGA